GUUGCCCAUGCGACUGUGAGGCGCACCGGCUCCAUAGACAGAAACAUCGCAUUAUGGCCUCGCUCUGAGCCUCCUGAUGCGACAGUUGUGUACAUACCUAACCGGCAAUCCGUCACCAUCGACGCCCUGAUCAUGGACCUCCAGUCCAGAGGCUUUUUUCGGGGCCAUCGGAGUUGUCAAUAGUACUCCCAAAGUACUAUAUUAUUUGAUUUUGAGCACUGUCACUUUUGCACGCCCGGGGAUUUAAACCGAGGUGACAGUAGUAGCACUCACCCCAUCUGCCGGUCAGCUAAGCUAGCUCGCUAAGUCCAUAGCCAAGAAGGGCAUCACUUUUCUUUUGGAGUAAAGGACAAGGAAACUACAACACCACUACUUUCAUUAACAGAAGACUGAUCAAAGGCUGAUUCCCCGAGUUCCCAUCUAACUACAUAUUCACUAUUGAUUGCUGGCUGGCCACACAAAGCCACUCUAAUGCAGAACCACAAAAGAACGUGAAAUGAACAAACCACCACAGCCUAUAGCGGGACCCACCUCCGUCCCAAACCCUUCCCCUUCCCCUGGAUUGACACAGGCCGCCUACGGUCCUGGACAACCCCCUUCUCUUGUCUUUGCCACCCCCCCACCUCAACAAAUGAACUCUGCACCGCAACCAAGACAGUUUGCUGCAGGCCCCCGUACUUUACACCAACAGGGGGGAUACAGAGCAUUACAGAGUUACUAUCAGAACCGACCAGCGAUGGCCGCGAGUGCUCCAAGGCUGCAGACGAGUAGUGGCCCCCGACCUGUCGGACCCACUCACGUCUACCCGCCCAACUCCCAGAUGAUGAUGAUUUCCCAGCAGCAGCUGUCUUUUGCUGGCUCCCCUCAGGGAUACUUCAUCCCCCCUGGACAGUACCGGGCCCCAUAUAUGCCUCCUACUCAGCAGUAUCCAGUGACCACCGGUACAGGAGGCUUCUACCCGGGAACUAGCCCUGCUGAAUACCCUGCUUAUGAGCCCUCUCUUGCUGCGAGGGAGAGGCGGGGUGGUGGGGGGAGAGGGGGCGGGCGAGAGAACGUCCGUCUCUCUCUCCACGGUGCUCCUCUCACCUCCCAGCGCUACCCUGCAGGAGCAUACUAUCCAGCGCAGCCACAGUACUCCCCAGCUGUCCAGCCGGCACCUGUCAUGAUAAACCCCGCCCAGCAACAGCAACAAGCCCCGCCUCCUCAGCAACCACAGGCACCGCCACAAGGGCCACCAAAGAGGGAACGCAAACCGGUAGUGUGUCUCAACAAAAGGGCAGCGCGCCUCUUGUCUGAGAUAAGGAUACGAGACCCCAACCAGGGUGGACGUGAUAUUACAGAGGAGAUCAUGUCGGGUGGAAGAUCCACCACCACACCGACCCCCCCACAGGCUUCCACAGCAGAAUCGAGUCCUGCACAGACAAACGGAGAAGUUACACAGCCUCCUACAGUGACUAGAAUAGAUGACAACACUGAGCCUCCUGUGAGUGCUGAAACCCCCCCACCUCCUGCCACAGCAGAAUCAGAGCCUGUGGAGGAAGACCAACAGGAAUCGGAUGACCAGAUGACACCGCCUGCUGAGUUAGCCGCACAAUCUGUAGCCCCUGCAGCCGCCGCUGAAGUGCCACCCCCAUUGAAAAAGGACCUGCCGUCUCCCUCCCCCCCCCCUGCAGCAGCAGUAGCAGAGCCUACUGCUGCUCCUGCUGAGGCCGAAAACACAGUUGAUACUAAAGUAAGUGACACGGUAGACGCUCCUGUCAGCCCUUCAGCAUCAUUAGCAGCAAAAGUGGCGCCUGUCAGGAAGGAAGAACCACAGGUUGCCCCAGCUCCUGCUGAGAAGGUACUAGAAAAGGAAGAAAAUAAAAUGGAGGAGGUGAAGAAAUCUGAGAAAGAGGAGCAGGUGGCCAGCUCUAAGUUGGAGCCUGCCGUUGAGCUUGCUGCAACAGUUACCCCCGAAAAAGAAGCAGAAGAAGAGACGGCUACAAAGACAGAAACAGAGGUCUCUUCACCUCCGCCCUCUGCAGAGGAACCUGCUGCUGCUCAGACUCAGAGCGCCGCCCCGAGCUCUGAACCUGCUGCUACUCAGACUCAGAGCGCCGCCCCGAGCUCUGAACCUGCUGCUGCUCAGACUCAGAGCACCGCCCCGAGCUCUGAACCUGCUGCUGCUCAGACUCAGAGCGUCGCCCCGAUCUCUGAACCUGCUGCUGCUGCUCAGACUCAGAGCGUCGCCCCGAUCUCUGAACCUGCUGCUGCGGCUCAGACUCAGAGCGUCGCCCCGAUCUCUGAACCUGCUGCUGCUGCUCAGACUCAGAGCGUCGCCCCGAUCUCUGAACCUGCUGCUGCUCAGACUCAGAGCGUCGCCCCAAGCUCUGAGCCUGAACCCACACCGGCUGAGGCAGCAGAGCCUCUCCUCUCCAACGGUCUUCCUCAGGACGCUGAGGAACUCGCUGAUGAUGUGGCAUUAACAGACACUACACCCCUUGACAAGCCUGAAGCGUCGCAAUCUCAGGAAUCCGCACCUGUGGCUAAAACGGCAAUGCCUGCCCAGGAGGAAGUAGAAAAGGAGGAGGAGAAGAAAGAGGAGGAGAGUAAGGAGACAAUUGAAGAUGCCCCUCCUGCCGCUGUAAGCUGCCCUACAGAGGAAUCUACUAUGCAAGCUGCAACGUCCGUACCAAAGAAGAGGAAGAACAUGAAGGAGCUCAACAAGAAGGAGGCCAUCGGAGACCUCCUGGACGCCUUCACAGAGGAGCAAGAAGCCAAGCCUGCUCCCGAACCCUCGUCCGCUCAGGCCGACCCGGCACCUGUUGCUCCGCCCGCGCCUCCUGCUGAAGUUGUGGAUGAAACUUGGGAGGAGAAGGAGGACAAGCAGAGCGAUAAACCUAAAACAAAGACUGAGCCAACUGAGGCGAAAUACCAGUACAAAGAAGAACAAUGGAAGCCGAUAGACCCAGAAGACAAGAAGCGGUACGACCGGGUGUUCCUUCUGGGCUUCCAGUUCAUCACCGCCAGUAUGAACAAACCUGACAACCUGCCCACCAUCAGUGACGUGGUCCUGGAAAAGGCAAACAAGACUCCGAUGCGGCCUCCUGACCCAGCUCGCAUGAUGAAUGUCGGUCCUGAUUUUACCCCCUCUUAUUUGGGGAACCUCGGAAGCAGACCGACGGGGGGACCCCGAGGCCCACCACCGGGCGGGUCGGGCCAGGGCGGGUCGGGCCACGGCGGGUCGGGCCACGUCGGGCCACGCCGCUCCCAGCAGGGUCCGAGGAAAGACACCAGGAAAAUCUUCACCAGCUUGUCCCUCGGGGAAGACAUACAGCUCAACAAGGCUGAGAAGGCCUGGAAACCCGGGGUAAAGAAGUCCACACAGAGCCACACCGAAGAGGUGGCCGAAGACGACGACCCCGAACAGGCGAAGACUGCCGAGCUGUUCAAGCGUCUGCGCAGUAUCCUCAACAAGCUCACCCCUCAGAAGUUUCAGGACCUGAUGAAACAAGUGCAGGAUCUGACGAUAGACACCGAGGAGAGGCUGAAGGGAACCAUUGACCUCAUCUUUGAGAAGGCCAUCUCAGAACCCAACUUCUCUGUGGCCUACGCCAACAUGUGCCGCUGCCUUAUGGGGUUGAAAGUCCCUGCCACAGACAAACCAGGAGUUUUAGUGAACUUCCGCAAACUGCUGCUCAACCGCUGCCAGAAAGAGUUUGAGAAGGACCAGGAUGACGAUGAAAUCUUUGAGAGGAAGCAAAAAGAAAUGGAGGUUGCCAAAGAAGGAGAGGAGCAAGAGCGCCUGAGAGUGGCGCUGCAGAACGCCAGAGACCAGGCCCGCCGCCGCUCAAUGGGUAACAUCAAGUUCAUCGGAGAGCUCUUCAAGCUGAAGAUGCUGACGGAGGCCAUCAUGCACGACUGCGUAGUGAAACUGCUGAAGAAUCAUGAUGAAGAGUCUCUGGAGUGUCUCUGCAGGCUGUUCUCCACCAUCGGCAAAGACCUGGACUUUGAGAAGGCCAAGCCUCGCAUGGAUCAGUAUUUCGCCCAGAUUGACAAGAUCAUCAAAGAGAAAAAGACUUCAUCCAGAAUCCGCUUCAUGUUACAAGACGUCUUGGACCUCCGAAGGAGUAACUGGGUGCCGCGUAGAGGAGAACAGGGGCCGAAAACCAUCGACCAGAUCCACAAGGAGGCAGAGCUGGAGGAGCAAAAGGAAAUGAUGAAAGUCCAGCAGAUUAUGUCCAGAGGAGGAGGAGGAGGAGGGGGUGGAGGUGGAGGAGGUGGUGGAGGCAGAAGGGACAUGGGAGGGAACAUGGGGGGCCGAGGCUCUCACCCACAGGGGGGCCGCGGGACCAGCCAGCCUCAGGAAGGGGGCUGGAUCUCGGUGCCCAUCUCCAAGAACAGACCCAUCGACACCAGCCUCCUCAGCAAGAUCACCAAGCCUGUUUCUCUGGACUUCAACAAUCAGCUGCUGGCUCCAGGGGGGAAAGGCAUGUGGGGCAGCUGGGGCAAAGGCAGCAGUGGAGGAACCGGAGCCAAACCAGCCAUCGGAGAGCCGGAGCCUGGUCGUCAAUCUACCAGCACCGUCAACCGUUUCUCAGCGCUGCAGCAGUCUGGCUCCGCGCCGUCUGCCACGGACUCUGAUCGCAGAGCUCCUCAGAGGUCAAGCUCGAGCCGUGAGCGUGGCGGGGAUCGCUUUGAACCAUCGGAUCGCAGCGAGGGACGGGGGGGUCGUGACGACAGCAGCAGUCGCAACCAAAUCAGCAAGAGGAGCUUCAGCAGAGAGUCUCAGGAGCGCGGCGGGAGGACCGGAGACCUGCGGUCGGCCACUGAGGCGGUGCGGCGCGUCGCCAGCAUGACUGACGACCGGGACCGAGGAAGCCGAGAUCGUGGUAGUCAGGAUCGAGGCAGUCGGGAUCGAGGCAGUCGGGAUCGAGGCAGUCGGGAUCGAGGCAGUCGGGAUCGAGGCAGUCGGGAUCGAGGCAGUGAAGACCGGGCCCCAAGCAAAGAGCUCCCAGUUAAGCGUGAGAGCGCACCCACUCCUCCUCCUACUAUUUCAAAACCUGCCUUGAGUGAAGAUGAGUUGCAGAAGAAGUCGAACGCAAUCAUCGAAGAAUACCUCCACAUUAAUGACUUGAAGGAGGCGUUGCAGUGCGUGACUGAACUCGGCUGUUCCUCGCUGCUCUACGUGUUCGUGCGGAGCGGCGUGGAGUCGACGCUGGAGCGCAGCACCAUCGCUCGACAGCACAUGGGCAUGUUGCUGCAGCAACUCAUAAAGGCCGGCGCACUGCCCACGGAGCAGUACUACAAAGGGUUAGAAGAGACCCUGGAGAUUGCUGAAGACAUGGCCAUAGAUAUACCUCACAUCUGGCUCUACCUGGCUGAACUCAUCACCCCCGUGCUCCAUGAGGGAGGCAUCCCUAUGGGACAGCUCUUCAGGGAGAUCUCUAAGCCUCUGGUGCCUCUGGGCCAGGCCGGCGUUCUGCUGAUACAGAUCCUCAAGCUGCUCUGCAAAGAAAUGACCCCUAAGAAGGUAGGGGCCAUGUGGACAGAGGGGGAUCUGAAGUGGAGUGAGUUCCUGCCCGAGGGCGACAACGUCGACGAGUUUGUCACCGAGCAGAAAAUGGAGUUCACCAUUGGAGAGGAGACGGAGGAGAAGAAAGACGAGGAGAAGGACUUCUUCACUGGAGAGGAGAUCAGCAAACAGCUGGACAGACUCAUCCAGGACAAAGCCAACAACCAGCGCGUCAGAGACUGGGUCGAGGCUAACUUGGACGACCAGCUGACCACUUCCAACCAGUUCAUACGAGCUUUGAUGACGUCAGUGUGUCAGUCUGCCAUCAUCUGUGACACCCCGUACCGGGUGGAUGCUAAGCAGAUCGGCCAGAGGGCCAGUCUGCUGCAGAGAUACCUGUGUGACGAGCAGAAGGAGCUGCAGGCGCUCUACGCCCUCCAGGCUCUGAUGGUGCACAUGGAGCAGCCAGCCAACCUGCUGCGGAUGUUCUUUGACGCCUUGUACGACGAGGACGUUAUCAAAGAGGAGGCCUUCUACAAAUGGGAAACCAGCAAAGACCCUGCGGAGCAAACAGGCAAAGGUGUGGCCUUAAAAUCAGUCACCGCCUUCUUCACCUGGCUCCGCGAGGCCGAGGAGGAGUCUGACAAAGAAUAAAAAGAGUGAACUGAAAGCUGCCGCCCCCCUUUGGCGACGACGUGGGGGCUCUGCAGGCGGCUGCAGAGAGUCAUGGACAUUAUUGCCAUAGAGGCAGACUCAAAUCAAUCCUCAAUGAGGAUAAAUCUUUAUUAUUUUUUCUUUUCUUUGAGGGAUGGACUCAGAAAACAAUCAUUUCUCUCUACCUUCCCUCUCUUGCUUCCUCAUUAUUCCCCCCACCUGCUUGUCACAGCAAGUGUCCUCAUCAAAUAAACUUGAAAACUGAUGCAGCAGGAUUGCUUGUUAACGAGGUGUGAAGUAUCUCACAUCAGAACUGUUUUCUCACAAUAAUACAAACCAACAGGCUGCUUUUUUAUGGUUCUAGAUCAUUCUAAUGCCUAACAUCCUAUCUGAUCUUUAAGAAUAACAGCAGGGCGUGUGGUGUAGUGGUUCCCUGAAACGUCAUGCCAUAAUGUGUGUUCAACCCAAACUCAGCUCUUAUGUCUUUGUCCCUUACUGGAGUGUGCAGCAUGACUGAAGUGUGUUUCUAUUAAUGAUACAGUGGACGAAACGUCGAUAGACAAAUGUACAUGAACUAAUCUUAAUUUGUUGGAUGGAGUUUUUAAAGCAAAGGUUGUCUAUUUUCUCUUCCUGUUUCGCAACAUGAACUUACAAAGGACAGAAACAUGGAGGACCGGUGUUGAUCUUUGACCUUCACUACUGGGGGGGGGGGGGGUAUUAAUGCUUUCUCUAAGCCAUCCUCUCCCAUCCCCAGUGGUGAGCCACACUGACUGACUUCUCAUCUUGACCUCUUCUAUACUUAAACCUGAGCUGUCGUAGAGGACUAAUGACCCAAUCACCCUUAAAACUUGAAAUCUACAGAUAAUUGACUUGAUGAAAAUAUAUAAAGUAAAAAAAAAAAAAACAGCAACACAGAAAUGAUCCGAAAGCCUUUUCUACAUCAAGUGGAAACUUAUUUCAGGAGCGUUCUGUAAAUAUAUAAUAAUAAUUAUAAAAAACUUCUUUUUUCAGUUUUAUUUUUCAGAAGCGAUGAAUUGCUGAUUUAAUUGCAGUGUAACCUUUUCCAACAGAAACCGCAGUUAUCCGGAUGCAGAGGUGCUUUAGAUAAUCCAUUGAUUAUUAGUUGUAUUGGAAUUUUGUAAAUAUUUUUUUGCUUUCUUUAUUUAAGAAAUUGCUUCUUUUGCAUCGGAAACUGGAAAGAUGAGGUAACAGAACAUUGCAAAUAAAGGACUUAUUGCUGAGAA